AUGAAUACUCUUGUAGUCUACGUCGGAUUCAUUACUUUUCUCUUCGGAUCCUUCGAAUGCUGUAGACCAAAUGCAGAUGGACAAUUUACAACUCUAGAACUAGGCAGUUCAUCUAAUGUCACAGCAGUAGUCGGCAGUGAUGUUUAUUUUAUUUGUUGUGGUGGACUGAAAUGGACAUAUGAAGCAGAAGACGACUAUACUAGCCGUGAGAUUGGACCACAUCCAUACGCCUUGAUUGGCUCAAGCAAACUGCCAUCCGAUGUGAAUUUACUUACAAAUGCUGUGGGGAACAGUUUGCCUACAGGUAUCAGUAGAAGUGGUGCCAGUGGUAAUACGAAGGAUUCUACAAAUUCACAAAAUACGAUACAAACUACAGUCUACACAAUGCAUGAUGAUAAAGGUCGACUGAUACUACGCAUAGACAACGUUGAUAUGCAAGAUACGGGACAUUAUAAAUGUCAUGGUCAAACAUCAAGUUUAGAUGCAUAUUUAGUGGUGACCAAUAAAAAUUAUCCUGGAGAACCACACAAUAAAACACUGCCACAAAGUGGAAGUAUGCUACCACAUUAUAUGAUGUUCUCAUCUGACCAGCUUAAUAAUGUGAAACUAGUUUGUCCAUCGGUUGGAACACAAACAGUUAAGUCGUGGCUAUGGCGUGAACCAGUUCUACCAAGUUCAACGGAAUAUGCUCAACUUCCACAAGGUCGACCACCAAGUCGUACAGUCACAGCUACCAAACCUGGUCUUCAUGAAGGUAAACAUGUUGAAAUUGGUCCAGAUUUGUCUUGGGCUCGAAUCGUUGACCCUUUGUCGCCUGAAGCACCUGUCAAAUUAUGGUGUCAGUUUAUGAUGCCUUCCCCAUGGGUUGGAAAGGAUCCAGUUAUUGCUUACUAUGAAAUAGACUGGGAGUUAUAUGAGCCAAUAUCACCACAAAUUUACAUUCUCCCAGGUGAUAAAGAAUCCAGCUCAGAGGAUAUCAACCAAAAUUUAUCAAAAUCAAUUCUGUCAAGUCAACAGUCUGUAAAUCAAGAGCAGCAGGCAUCAAAUGCGUAUACAAUUAACUCACACAUUGAUGAAUCAAGCAAACAGUCAAACUUUAAAGAUAACAAAAAGCCGAUAUUAUUGGAAAAUAAACCAGCUCGUAUUGCUUGCAGAUUUCGUUCAAUCACUAUCAUCUAUUGGUAUCGUAAUAAUCAACCUGUUCAUGUGCCACCAUUCUACGUGGAUAAUUCAUUGGUUAACCCACAUGGGCUAUCGAUUCUUUCAGUUCGCGCUUAUCCUACUGCACUUAGUCUGAAUCAGACAGAUGGAGAAAAGUCAUCAUCAUCACUGAAACUUGAUCAAUAUAAUUUGCCGGUCGAACAUCUUACAUGUUCGGUAAUAAGCAGAGUGAAAGAAACACCUGUGUAUAAAGUCACAUCAAACGCAAGUCUAGAGGCUGAAAUUAUCCUAGUUCCACGUAUCAUAAAUACAGAGUUGUUAUCAACUGAACGAAGUUUAGAGGAUGCAAUUAAGUUAACUUGUACAACUAUUGCUAACGGGCCGCCAAAUAUGCGUAUUGAUUUCAGUUCAACAGACAAACCAUCAACAAAUAAUGGUUUAACUCAGUGGGAGCCAUUGAAACCACGAUAUGGAUUAAAUAUCAGGCCAAGACAAGUUGAUCCAAACAACCCAACAAUACAUCGUCUUGUUAUUGAUAUUUCUGAUCUUAAACGUAGUGAUCAUGGAGUUUAUCGAUGUACAGUUUGGAAUCAAGCUGGUGAAGCUCAAGCAAUAGGACAUGUUUUGGUACAUUCUGAACCACAACUAGAAAUAAUCCCCUUUGGGCAUAAUUACUUCCUUGGCCAUAAACCAUGGAAAGCAUCAUGUGUAGUUAAAGGUUAUCCACUGGCAGUAAAAAAUUCAGACAGCAGCCAACAUACUAUUCGUGAUGAAUCGACUAUGAUUAGUAGAUCAAUAACUGGAGACAUUGGUGGUGUUGAUGGUGCUGGUAUUGGUACAGUUGGACGUAAAGACUUCAGUCAACCGGUAAAAGAUGAAACACCAUCAAUAAAAAUGAAGAUUUUCAAUAUAGAAGGAGAACCUCUCGACCGUGUCGAAGUCAGUCAGAUUGAUUACAAGUCAGGAAAGUUCAUUGGAAUUAAUGCCACCUAUGAGAUUCAUAUGAAUCAACGCUAUGGACGUGAAGCUAUUGUACGAUGUGAAUAUACUCAUAUAGACAAUCGGACAAUAUAUCGAGAGGUAUUUCUACGUGAAGCAACAAAGCCAACUGCACCAAAUAUAACUGUACUAUGUACUGGUCCACGUGCAAUUGUAUUUGGAAUAACCAAUCCAAAAUUGAAAACGGAUAAUAUACCUACAGAACGUAUUGUUACACAGAAGGUUAUAUUUGCACCUGCAAAAACAUUUCAUCUUUCGUCUACAUUGGCAAGUUUAUCAGUCUAUUUAGACUCUGAAGGUCAGCCAUCUGCAUCACCAGCUGAUAGUAAUGAUCCAUUGGAUAAAACCAUUUUAACAUCAGUCAGUUCUCAACCGCAAACUGCAGUGAUACCAGUUAAAGGCUUAAUACCGGAUACAGAAUAUGUAUUUGAAUGGUCAUCCGGUAAUGAAUUUGGUUUAAGUGUUAUGAUACAGUUUACGCUGUGGACAAAGAAACUUGAGACUGCACCGACAAUUAAAAAUGUUGUCUUCCUCAGUCCUACAUCACAAUAUCUUCGAUUCUCAACAUUUUUGGGUGAUCCUUGUCCAUAUGAAGGUGGUGCAAGACCAGAGUUAUCAGAUUUACUGGUCAGAUAUAGAAAUGCUAAAUCCAAUUCCACAUAUGAUCCAACACAAUUGGUAGGUUAUGGAGAUUGGUCUGAUACAGAAAUCUGUAAAAAUCUAUUGUCAACAUUAACACUAGACGAAGACAGUGGAAGUACUUAUCGUCCUGAAAAUGAAAAUAUUGGUACAGAAGAAGAUGAGUAUACCGGAAUAAAAUGGGCCGGUGAUAAUCCUAUACCAUGUGAAAUACCAGUACCUGAUACUCAAGUCGUUUAUGAGCAUAACCUAGCAUAAUAUUCGUUUCUACAUAAUGAUGCACUUUUAAAUACAUUACAUAAGUGAUUUUCAAUUCCAUUUCUUUUCUAAUGACAUUUG